AUGCCUCAUCUACAAGAGCCCGGCAUGCAAGUGCCUGAACAUCCGCAAUGUGAUCCACAAAAGAUCCGUAUCAUUCACGUGGGUAUGGGUGCCAGUGGCAUGCUCUGUGCUGUGAAAGCUCGCCGUAUGCUAUCGAAUUUCGAACUCGUCUGCUACGAGAAGAAUGCCGAGGUCGGUGGCACUUGGUGGGAGAAUCGAUAUCCAGGAUGUGCCUGCGACAUUCCUGCACACACGUAUACCUUCCCAUUCGAGCCAAAUCCCAACUGGACUUCGUAUUAUGCAUACGCACCAGAGAUCCAGGAGUACUUCAAAAGUUUCUACGACAAGAACAACCUACAAGAGUAUGUCAAGACCGAUACAGAAGUGAUCAGCGCGGAAUGGAACGAUCUUCAAGGCUUGUGGAAGGUCGAGUUGAAAAACCGUGUCGAUGGCAGCACCUUCUAUGAUACCUGCCAUGUCCUUCACAAUGGCUCUGGCGUGCUCACUAAGUGGAAGUGGCCAGCCAUUGAAGGGCUGCACGACUUCCAAGGCAAGCUUGCUCAUUCGGCUGCUUGGCCUAAAGAUCUGGACUGGGCUGGUAAACGCGUCGCAGUAAUCGGCACUGGGUCCAGUUCGAUCCAAAUUGUCCCUCAUGUCGCAGCAACGGCUUCGAAGCUGUCGAUCUUCAUGCGUAAUGUCACAUAUAUCGCGCCUCAGUUUGGUGCCAGUAUAGACAACAAAGAAGCUGAUCCAGAUUCCAUGGACCCGGCAAAUGCUGCAGCCGGCAAGCACUACUAUACCGAGAAGGAGAAGCAACGUUUCCGCGAUGAUCCGGCGUACUUGCAAGAUUAUCGAACGCGAAUGGAGAAGUCGAUCGUGGGAGGGUGGGACAUGUUCUAUCGAGGCAGUGAGCUGAAUGUCAAGUUUAAGGAGUAUGUGCAGCACACCAUGCGAGAGCGACUGAACGGACGAGAAGAUCUUCAGCAGAAGCUUAUUCCUUCAUGGAGCCCCGGUUGCCGUCGAUUGACUCCUGGAGAAGGAUACCUCGAGGCGCUGACCCGGGAGAAUGUCGAUGUGAUCUGGGGUGAGAUUGCAAAGAUCACCCCGUCUGGCCUGGUCACCGCUGCAGGACAGGAGGUCGAAGUUGACGUUCUCAUCUGCGCCACUGGCUUCGAUGUCCAAUACCUACCACAUUUCAAGAUCACUGGCCUUAACGGUCAAGUCAUGCAAGACCAAUCAGGCCCAAACAUCUAUGCCUCGAUCGCACAUCCCGGCUUUCCCAACUACUUCGUCACGAACGGCCCACGGGGCAAUUGGGCCCAAGGAUGUGCUCUUCCGUCGCACGAGGUCCAAAUCGAAUACAUGCUUCAAUGCUGCCAAAAGCUCCAACAAGACCAAGUCAAAUCCAUGCACCCGAAGCAACGCAUCACAGACCAACUGAACGCCUACGAAGACGCCUGGCAUGCGAAGCAUUCCAUCUGGGCGGAAGACUGCAAGAGUUGGUACAAGGACAAUACCAAGGACGGCAGAGUCUAUGUGUGGCCGGGAAGUAUGUUGCACCAUCUGAAGUUCAUGAAGCGACCCAGGUUCGAGCAUUUUGAGAUGGAGUACAAGGACCCGGAUAACGUAUUCGCGUUCUUAGGAGAUGGAAGGACGAUUGGACAGGUCAAGUAUGGGCCUGAUGCGCCUGUGCCGUACAUUCGAGAUCGGGAGGAAGUUGCGUGGGAGAUUGAGUGA